UCCAGGGGUACUUUCGUACUUUCCUGUUUCGUCACUUGCUCCGUUGGCCGAUCACUUCACUGAACAAAUAAAAUUUAUAAAUAAACAACGAGGAACAUAAACCACCUUUUCGUCCCCCCGCCUUUCUUCAUCCUCUUAAGCCCACUCGGAGACGGAGGCCACCGCCACCGCCACCGCCACCGCCACCGCGCCGGCUGCUGUUUCCCUUCUUACUCGUUUCUGCAAUGAGGUUACCGUCCUCUGCAAUUCUUGUCCUCUUGCUAUAUUUUCACCUUCUUCUUUGCUUCGCUACUUUCCCUUCCCUUUCCAUCUCCAUCUUAACCGUCACUAAAUCCGACUUGGUGUUCGGCGAGAUCAAUGCUACUUUCGAUUCUAACUCCUCGAGAUCCGCCAAUGACGACCAUAGUUUUGCUGAUAUAAUCGAUCAGGCUCUCGAGAGGGAAUUCAUUGAGAAUGGGCAGAGUGAUCAAGCCGCGGAUGCUGGCAGCUUCAACAACAGCGUAGCUGAUAAGCAGGCAGUUUUGGAGACUGUUGCCAGAGUUAAGUCAAAGAAGAACGAAUCGAAAGAGGAGAAAUCAUUUCAGUUCCAUGAUGUCUUCAAUUUAGAUAAUGAGAAUCGAGCAGAAGACAUGCCCACAUUAAUUGAUCGGAAGGACAAUGUCUUUAUUAUAUCCAAUCCCAAGUCGAAGUAUCCAGUGCUCCAAUUGGAUUUAAGAUUGAUUUCGGAUCUAGUCGUUGUUAUUGUUUCUGCAACUUGUGGUGGCAUUGCUUUUGCUUGUGCAGGACAACCGGUCUUUACUGGAUACCUGUUGGCUGGAUCUCUCAUUGGACCCGGAGGUUUAAGCUUUGUCAGUGAAAUGGUGCAAGUCGAGACAGUUGCUCAGUUUGGUGUGAUCUUCCUUCUUUUUGCAUUGGGCUUGGAGUUCUCCACUACAAAACUUCGUGUUGUUCGAGCAGUGGCUGUUCUAGGAGGAUUGCUCCAAAUUUUCCUUUUUAUGUGCUUGUCUGGAAUUACAGCUUCACUGUGUGGUGGUAAAUCAUCAGAGGGGGUCUUCGUUGGGGCAUUCUUGUCUAUGUCUUCGACUGCAGUGGUCUUGAAGUUUUUAAUGGAACGAAAUAGCAUCAAUGCCCUUCAUGGUCAGGUGACCAUUGGUACUCUUAUUCUUCAGGAUUCAACUGUAGGAUUGCUGUUUGCCCUGCUUCCGAUUCUUGGUGGUACUUCUGGUGUUCUUCAAGGAAUUCUGUCCAUGACUAAGUCGUUGGUGGUCUUGAUUACGUUUUUUAUUUUUUUGUCAAUAUUAUCUCGCACAUGUGUGCCGUGGUUCCUUAAGCUUAUGAUUAGCCUGUCAUCUCAGACUAAUGAGCUUUAUCAAUUGGCAGCUGUUGCAUUCUGCUUACUUGUAGCUUGGUGCAGUGAUAAACUUGGUUUAAGCCUUGAAUUGGGUUCCUUUGCUGCGGGUGUGAUGAUAUCAACUACCGAUCUUGCUCAGCACACACUCGAACAGGUUGAGCCCAUCCGCAACUUCUUUGCUGCACUUUUUCUUGCUAGCAUUGGGAUGCUUAUUCAUGUUCAUUUCCUAUGGAACCACAUUGAUAUUUUACUUGCAGCUGUAAUAUUGGUCAUCGUUAUAAAAACUUUAGUGGUUGCUGCUGUUGUCAAGGGAUUUGGAUACAACAACAAGACUUCACUUCUGGUUGGGAUGUCACUUGCACAAAUUGGGGAAUUUUCUUUUGUCCUUCUAAGUCGUGCAUCUAAUCUUCAUCUUGUCGAGGGAAAAUUGUAUGUACUGCUGCUGGGGACAACUGCACUUAGUCUGGUGACUACCCCAUUGCUUUUCAAGCUUAUUCCUGCUGUGGUACGUAUUGGAGUGUUGUUCCGCUGGUUUUCACCUGAUGGUUUGAGUGAGACGGGAUUUAAAGGAGAUGGCUUUCGAACAGAUGGUAUCAAGCGCAUCACUUUGGUGGUUCAAGACUCUCACGUUUCAUGAUAUAAUGCAUGCCAUGAAAGCAAACGACAGUGGUAACCACAUUUUGACCGAAGGGUUCUUGUGAAAUAGAACAGGUGCAGGAGAGUGAAAGGUGUUAUUAGGCUCAAGUAUUUUACUGUCCUGGACCUGAAGAUGCUAACUUUCCAUGCAAAAUUCCGACACAGGCAAAGAUCAUAUCAAAAUAGUUCCACUGGGAUGGAGAACCAGAGUAGUGUGAAUACGAUUCUCAAAAUCCCAUUCACAAAAAAUUCCAAUUUUUGAUCUAGGCCGUUAUGUUAUUAUAGGUGGCCUAUUCAUUGUAAAAUAAUUUCCCUUUGUUAACGCCGUUCAUUUCAUUCUAUAUGUUCUUUUACAAGUUUGCGUCACACAGUUGUCCACACCCCCCAACUUUUAUGUACCCGAAAAGUAAUGUAGUUCAAAAUUUUUUUA